GCAAUUUUUACUUGUGAUAAUCUGCUUGUGAUACAUCCUAAGAUCCCUUCAAGCUAAUGAACAAUUCACUAGCUGGAGUAUUUGCUGUAUUGAAAGAGACUGUUUACUGUUUAUUUUAUUGCCUGAACUCGCUGUACGUUGAUGGAAAGCCUUUGAGGUUGUGUGUUGAGCGACUUGAUAAUUUGAUGCGAACCCUUGAGCUAGCAAAUGUCUCGACCUUACACUGUUUGAUGCAAAUCUCCAUCCUUUUUACGCUAGUCAGCACUGAUUCGAAGGUUUUUCUAUCAUUAUUGAAGCGAGCGAGGGAAGCACACCUGGACAGUUGA